UGAGAAGGAGAGUAAAUCCACUCGGUGAUUGACUGCUCCUGUCUGCAGAGGCUGCGCGUGCUGUUAGCCUUUAGCUUCAGACCCCGGUGUACUGCCUGUAGUUAUAUUAGUACUUUAUAAUACUUAGUAAACUAUAUCAUAUUCUGCCAGUGAUAUUGUGCUCAGGGCUAUGUCCGACUCUAAGCUCUCUAAGAACCUGCUGCGCAUGAAGUUCAUGCAGAGGGGUCUGGAUGCGGAGACGAAGAAGCAGCUGGAGGAAGACGAGCGGAGGAUCAUCAGCGACGAGCACUGGUACCUGGACCUGCCCGAGCUCCGGGCCCGAGAGAACCUGAUCCUGGAGGAGCGGAGUCUGGUUUCCUGUGAGGAUCUGAAGUACGGACGCUUCUCCUUCCAGGGGUUCAACCCAGAGGUGGAGAAGCUGAUGGUGAUGAUGAACCCUAAAGAGGAAGAGGAGGACAAACAGGAAGAGGAAGUGAGCUGCAUGCAGCUGGACGUCACGGACGAGGAGAUGGCGCUCCGGUAUGAGAGUUUGGUGGGCAGCAUGAGGAAGAAGUUUUCCAGGAAGCGUGAUCAGACAUCAGAGGACGUGGACAUCAAGAGGGUCUUCCUGAAGCCACAGGACUGAUUCCUUUCUAUGAGAGGAUCUGAAGGACAUGUUUCCAGAUGUUCCAGUGGAUGUUAUACAUCCUGUUUUGUAAAGAGAGAUUCACCUCUGAUGUUUUCUGUGUUACAGUCUGUGCUGCAGGACGCAUUAAAUCCAAAGCUCUUUGUA